AUGAGCCAACGGAUCAAGAGUGAAAAGGGACAUCUGAGCCAGCGAAUCAAGAGUGAAGAAGAACACCUAAGCCAGGAAGUCGAGAGAGAGGAAGAACACCUGAGCCAAGGGAGAGAGUCAACCGACCGCAAAGUGAAAGAGGAAUACACGGGGUCGUCACGCUAUGCCUCGGCAGAAUCAGAUAUGGGCUCAGACGAGUCGUUUGGGAUGCAGCGGAUGUCGCUGGUACCGACAGGGGCAGCAAAGCUUAAAAACAGGCUCGACACGGCUAACAAUGGAAUGCGAUCGACUCAAAUUCCGGCUUCACAGAAUGCAAACACGGUGGAGCCAAGCCAGUUGCAACAAUGUUCCAAGGCCGCCAUGGACAAAUUCAUUCGCGAUCGCGAAGAACAAAGAGGUAACUACCCGAUCGUCCCGGACGUCAAAAUGGAGUCAGUAGACUCAUACCGCGAUCGACAGAGAGAACAUGAGUCAGAUCGCAGGGGACCAUAA